CUCUUUUGCUCUCCUCUCCCCAGAAAAUGUCCUCCCUUGAUCGAAAACUUGUCGCCAGAGAUCAGUUCAGAUUCAGCUGCACCUCACUAUCCAGAACGGAAGUUACCGACGAAUUUGGGCUUCCUAUCGGAGAAUGGACCGGAUCAUUGAGGAAUCAGUCGUCGUCUCUUCAACAGUUAUCACCUACAUCACGAGCACAAACCAUCGCCAGAUACAAGAGAGAGAUGCUGGAAUUAGUAAAAGACAUGCCAGACAAUGCUUAUGAGCUCUUAUUGAAGGAUUUAGCGUUGCUGAACAAAUGCCCUGUGAAAAAGAGAUUCCCGAUGAAUAAACCAAGAACUGGGAAGAGGCAUUCGAGAAGUGAAAGUGUAGAGAGUGGGGGGUUACUUUUGAAGAUUUUCUUUCCAUUACCUUCAUCAAGGAGAAAAAGAAGCAGUGGAAGCUCCAAUGGGGUUUGAAGCCUAGUAGUCGGCCAAGCUCAAGUGGGAGUUCAAGCACUGAAAGUGGUUCAAACUUCGUUAAUGAGACCACAAAAUCAGACAGUGGCUCCAGAGUGUUGCUGAAGCAUCUGACGUAGGAUGGAAGAAAGAACACGGAGGAUGAAUGCAUGAGGACGCAGCAGCACAGAGAACUGAGCAGAAACUGCAGCAGGUAUGAUAAAUAAUUUUGUAAUAUUUU